AUGGAUCAUCCGAACGAUGAACGCCAGCCUCACGUUUCACUGGAAAAAGUCGACGCCCAUUCCGCGCCGGAAACAUGCUACCUCUUCACCCAGUCCGGCAUCGCGAAGGCCAAGCUACCAUGGGCAGACCUCAUCCUCAAGUCCUUCUUCGGCGGCAUCUUCAUAUCCCUUGGCUCGGGCUUCGACCUCAGCAUCGCAGGCGGGUCGCCAGGCCUCCGCGCCUCAAACCCGGCUAUCGCCACGAUGCUUGCCGGCUUCACGUUCCCCAUAGGUUUCGUCUUGAUUGUUCUGACAAACGUUGAGUUGGUGACCAGCAACAUGGCUGUCAUGAUGUACUCGACCCUGCAACGGAAGACGACCUGGUACGACCUUGCUAGGAAUUGGAUCACGAGUUAUAUCUUUAAUAUGGCCGGUUGUCUGUUUUUUGCCGGACUUCUGACCUGGUGGACCGACUCUCUCGCAACUGACGUGCAGUCGUCAUAUGCAGUCACCCAGGCGGAGGGCAGAGUCAACACCAACUGGGCGUACAAUUUUACAAGAGGCAUCGGCUGCAAUUGGCUGGUGGGCUUGGCAGUUUUCCUGGCAAUGAGCGGCAAGGACAAUUUAUCAAAGAUUGUUGGUAUAUGGCUACCGGUGUGGGCCUUUGUCGCACUGGGAUAUCAGCAUUCAAUCGCGAAUUUCUACAUGGUCCCCAUCGGCAUGUUCUACGGCACAAACUUUGGCGUGGGAAAAUUUAUCUAUCAGUCUGUGAUACCAGUUACGCUCGGAAACAUUAUUGGUGGUGCAGGCAUGACGGGUGCUGUAUUAUGGUUCUUGUACGGUAGAAACGACACUCUGGCCGCCAAGACUGGUCAAACACAAAGCGGAGAGAAGAAAGCAGACGGCGAAAGCGGCAGCCGGGGUUUCCGUAGCUCAGUCACCGACGGAGCUAGUGAUGAGACCGUGACGGCUAAUGGGCGUCAUAAUACCACAGGGCUUAGAAGAAGAGUUUCCGACAUGGUAUAG